AUGGCUACUUACGGUGAGAAGAAUGUUCAUACAGACAGAAGCUGCCGAGAGACAUCUGUGUUCUUAGCUCCGGAAUACCAUAUUAGUUAUGGGGACGACCAAACUUUGCAAUGGGAGCCGGCCGUUGGCUCGAAAGAGCUUGCUGUUGCUUUAAGCUAUCAUUUUCCGAUGCAGACCGACUUAGAAAGUAAAAUGCAAGCUGCCACGAGGAAGUUCUUGCGGGAAGAGGAAGUUGCCAACCAGGCAGCAUCACGUGAGAAAGACACCGCUCUAGCAGACACGAAAGAUUCAUGUCUAGAACCCCAACCAACACUAGCGCCAACUCUACAAGUAUUUACAUGGGACUCGGAGAUGAAAGAGUACAAUCCAAAGGCUAAAAGACGUCGAUACGAUACAAGAGAAAGGGUUAAGGUGGCUCAGAACCGUGGAUUCGCUUGUGAGCAACAUCGAAGAAUGAAAAUGAAGUGUGAUCCAGAGCGGUGCCCCAGAAAUAAACAGCGACUUGGUAGUACAACAACGCUAGAUUUGAUACCGAAUGUAGACGACGUACAACGGCCCGACGUUGAAUCUAGUCAAGGCACUCUCGAUUUCAACAGCCAAUUGGAGGAGUCGGAGUGUGCUCAAGUUCAAUCAGACUCAUUGAGCUUGAACUCUUUCGCUCUUUCAGAUACAUCACACAGAUGGUCUGUUUCUUCAUUCGUUCCUUCGAUCGAGACGUACAUGUCAGCCGAGUUCUCCACAAACGGCCAGUACUCGGAUGUGCCUGCUUCGAUGCAUGGAACAGGUGCAGGAUCUCAUAACUCAAUUGACUCAAUUGUUUUAUCGGAGCAGGAUCUCCAUAUACUCGCCAACUGUGAAUCACUGAACUAUAAUAUUGACCAGAACGAUAACAACAACUGGUGGCCUAACAGUGUUGUUCAGUGUGAUAGUAAUGAGUUACUACACGAAAACCUCAUCAGUGGAGAGGCACAAAUAGAAAUGACGACUCACACUCAAAUAAACGAAACAUUUUUGACGCAGUCGGCAGAGAUAAUCGACGGAGACAUAACACUUCCACUCGAUCAAUUUACCGAUUUCACCAGUGAUAUAAUACCAGAAGUCCACGACGGGUCAAUGGAAUGGGAGUUCUCGCAUGGGGUAAACACACUGCCAGACUAUGAGGGUCAAGAUAUUAUACCUUUGACGGACGAACAAAAGGAGACACUCGUCAAGUGGUGGGGUAGAAACCGAUUGACAGAGCCACCUUCGAGUCUAUUCGGAAAAUCAAAUCCAAGUCGUCCAACUUCCAGCCAGAACCAGUCUUCGGCAAGUGUAAAUGCCAUCGAAGUCUCAGGGAGCAUUGGAAGAAGGAACACCCUCGUUGAUCGUGUAAGAGCUGUCAGACACGUGCCGCCAUUCAUUCGACGAAGUCUAGAAAGGAGCCGGUCAGCUGGAAGAGACAGGGCUCUAACAAAGUAG